AUGUCAAAUCGCGCGUGUCCGCCGCUCCAUCGGCCCGUCGAGAGAUAUUUUUUGCGAUUCUGAAAUGUGAGAUCGGCAAAUUAUCUGUGUGGAAAGAAGUACCCGGGAUUUGAAAGUAUCGUGACGUUAUUUUCGACCGGAGCUGACAUAAGGAUGGCGGAAUCGAACGGACCGAUUCUUCAUGUCAUCGUCGUCGGAUUUCAUCACAAAAAAGGCUGUCAGGUAGAAUACUCGUUUCCGCCUUUGGUGUCUGGCGCGCCUAACGAGUGCCCCUUAGGAUGGAAAUACCUGCCUACGCUCGCCCUACCUGAUGGUUCUCACAAUUACGAUGAGGAUACAGUUUAUUUCCAUUUACCUAGUCUCAACGAUCCAAAACGCACGAUAUAUGGCAUUUCGUGUUUUCGACAAAUACCAGUAGAGAAACUAAAAAAUCGCACUUCUGAUAUAACAAGAGGUACUGUUCAAAAAUCAGUAUGCGUACUGAGUACUUUGCCUUUGUAUGGGCACAUUCAAGUGAAAAUGGCUCUAAUAACGCACGCAUAUUUUGACGAGGGGGAUUUUAGUAAAGUGUCUUUAUUAGAGGAUACUUAUCAUCAUCUUAAUUCAUGUAUGAGUGGUGACAGUCAGAUUCCGCCGCAAAUUUUUGUUGGUUUGUCUGCGAGAGAUUUUAUACUACAAUUUCGUCAUAAAGUAUUGCUCUUAUUUAAAUUACUCUUACUUGAGAAAAGGAUAGUUUUUUAUCAAUCACCUGUACAGCCAUUGUGCGCUACAAUAUUGACUCUAUUGUCACUCUAUCCUGGCAUGAUUGAGCAUGGUCUUCAACAAGCGGCAUGUGUCAGACCAUCUAGACCAAUGUCUCCAAUACCGACUUUUGAUGAAGAAGAAUUUUCGACAAAUAAUGUCGAUUCUAACUUAUCGUCUACCUGUAUUGUCAAAGACAAUGUAUCUAAGUCGAACCAUGAACAAUGUAAUGACAAUAGUAAUAGAAAUUCAUUGUGCAUCAACGAUAACAAGACCAUCGAAUCCAUGGAGGGCAAGUGCUUGGAUGGGCUACAACAUGUAACUCUGCAGAAAAAUAACAAUAAUAAUGAAAAUAUAAAUAUGAAAGUAAUCGAAAUCGAAUCAGCGCAAGAAUGCACGGAAACUUAUUUAGAAGAGAGCAACUCCAAAUACUCGCCACAAACGAAUGAAAAUGUACACAGAGUGCACAGUGUAAACACAAUCACGCUGAACACGGGCGAUACAGAUAAUAGUUUACCUCGCGACACGAGUAACGAUGCACUCUCUGAUGCGAGAUUAACGAACAAUAUCACGCAAAUCGCGCAUAUUAAUCCUGAAUUGUGCGGCCUGCCUUUGGAGCUAUUCACAAAGGGAUAUCUCUGCUUACCCUAUCUGUCUUUACCUUAUUUGGAUCUCUUGGGAGAUGUGAAUGUUAGAGGAUAUAUAGUGGGUGCUACAAAUGUGUUGUUUAAACAAAAGAAGCAACUCAUUGACGUAUUAGUUGAAAUUGAAAAUACCCGAAUAGAGGCAACCGAUCCCGAACUUAGACGACAGCUGCAUCUUACUACUGAGGACUUGAGAUUUGCCGAUUACAUCGUGAGGCACGUGGCUGAACCUCGGAAGGACAUCUUUCUUGACGGGGUAGGAUGGGAGGGUGGUGACGAGUGGAUCCGAACACAGUUUCGGGUGUACCUGUUGAGCAUGCUGCGUACUUCUAUGCAGCAAGACACCCGUCAAUCGGAUCAUUAUAACGCAACAUUCAUGUCCGCGUGGCGCGCUACAAACAAUUAUAAGGCGUGGUGCAACGCGAGCAAAUCGGAGAUACUCAAUAUCGAACCUGGUCACCCCUUUGCUGGUCAGUUAUCAGUGCAGGAUAUGAAACUACGCUUAUCACAUACGAUGCAAAACACAGAAAGCGGCAGAAAGUUGAAUCAAGCAAUGGCAUCGACUGGACGUGCAGUGGCAACCACUGGGAAAGCUGUAGGGGGAGCGCUAUCACAAGCAAAGGGGGCAUUCUCGAACUGGUGGAGCACGCUAACGACAGUUCAGCCGGUCGAUGAAGCAAAGAUUGAUAAUCAAACAACAAACAACCAUCAUACACUGUCCAAUGCUACGGACAAAGAGUCUAUUGAAGACGAGGAGAUGAAUGUCUCUACUACCAAUAAUGCGGAUAUUGCCGUAGAUCUUGAUUAAUAUAAAAACAUAAAUCAAUGAAAACCGAAACUAAAAAUGCGAAGGGCACCCGUGAAAAGCAUAAUAUAUAACGUAAAGAUACGUAAAAAAACUGAAACAAAGAGUUUCUUGCGAGACACAUGUAAAACAUACUUGUUGAAUGAUCGGAUUUUUUAAAUGAUCUCAGUUUUAGCAAGAAGCAAGAAAGACUAAAAUCGUGUAUGUACAAUAGACUUUAUUAAUGUGAUAUGCAACUUUAUGGGGCGAGGUUUUG